CACUUGGAAAAGAGAAGCAUUAUGCCCAAAGGAAAGCGAAACAUUCCACCCACAAGGAAGCACUCUCAAGAAACAGAACCAGAGAGUAAUUUGAGGACAGAGUGCCAGCCAGGGGCACAUGUGUAUAUAUUGAUGAGAGGUGCAGACUUGUAAAUGGACUGGUCCUGCCCUCCAGGCUCCAGGACCAAAGUGGCCGUGAAGGGCAGAAAGGAUGGGAAGGCUAUUCUCUUUGACCUUGAUGCUGAUGGUCAUGGUGACGACCUCUUGGUUCAUCGAAGCUGCAGCCAGUAACUCCACAGAAACAAGAAAGUGCUCAGAAUGUCACAGCAAUGCCACCUGCAUGGUGGACGGGGUCAUUACGACGUGCUCCUGCCAUUCAGGCUUCACAGGUGAUGGGCUCAUAUGCGAGGACCUGGACGAGUGCGCCACUCCAGAGACUCACAACUGCUCGGCCAACAGCAGCUGUGUGAACACGCUGGGCUCCUACGCCUGCGCCUGUCCCGACGGUUUCCGUCUGACGCCAGGGCUGGGCUGCACAGAUGUGGACGAGUGCUCCGAGGUGGGGCUCAGCCACUGCCACGCUCUGGCCACGUGUGUCAACGUGGAGGGCAACUACUCUUGCGUGUGUCCCAAGGGCUAUGGAGGGGAUGGAUGGCACUGUGCCUGCUCCCCGGGCUCCUGCGGGCCAGAGCUGGACUGCUUGCCCACCGGUCCAGACAGAGCACUGGUGUGCACCGACCCGUGCCAGGAGUAUGCUGUCCUGGAGCAGUACUGGCGCAGCACGGACUAUGGUGCGGGCUACUCCUGCGACUCAGACCUGCAGGGCUGGUACCGCUUCCUAGGUCAGGGUGGCGUGCGCAUGGCAGAAACCUGCGUGCCCACGCUGCGCUGCAAGACAGCAGCGCCCAUGUGGCUCAAUGGCACCCAUCCCUCAAGCGGCGAGGGCAUAGUGAGUCGCUCGGCCUGUGCGCACUGGAGCGGUCACUGCUGCCUCUGGGAAACGCAGGUCCAGGUGAAGGCCUGCCCAGGGGGCUACCACGUCUACAACCUGACAGCGCCCCCAGAGUGCAAUCUGGCUUAUUGCACAGAUCCCACCUCCGUGGAGGGGACGUGUGAAGAGUGCGCAGCGGACGAGGAAUGCAUUUCGGAUAAUGGCAAAUGGAGCUGCCAGUGCAAACAGGACUCCAACAUCACUGAUGUCUCCCACAUGGAGCACAGGCUGGAGUGUGGAGCCAAUGACAUCAAGAUGUCUCUGAGAAAGUGCCAGCUACAAAACCUGGGCUUCACAAAGGUCUUUAUGUACCUUCAAGACAGCCAGUGCUCAGGCUUCAGUGAGAGAGGUGAACUGGACUGGAUGUCUGUGGUCACCCCGGCCCGGGAUGGCCCCUGUGGGACAGUGUUGACGAGGAAUGAAACCCACACCACCUACAGCAACACCCUGUACCUGGCAAAUGAGGUCAUCAUCCGUGAUCUCAACAUCAGAAUCAACUUUGCGUGCUCCUACCCCCUGGACAUGAAAGUCAGCCUGAAGACUUCCCUGCAGCCCAUGGUCAGUUCUCUGAACAUCAGCGUGGGUGGGACAGGCAUGUUCACUGUGCGGAUGGCUCUUUUCCAAAAUCCUGCCUAUACGAUGCCCUACCAGGGCUUCUCGGUAAUGCUGUCCACCGAGGCCUUCCUGUACGUGGGAACCAUGCUGGAUGGGGGUGACCUGUCCCGAUUUGCACUGCUAAUGACCAACUGCUAUGCCACACCCAGCAGCAACUCCACAGACCCUGUGAAAUACUUCAUCAUUCGGGACAGCUGUCCACAAAGGGAGGACUCAACCAUUCAUGUGGUGGAGAACGGGGAGUCCCCUCAGGGGCGAUUUUCUGUCCAGAUGUUCCGGUUUGCUGGAAACUAUGACCUGGUCUACCUGCAUUGCGAAGUGUCCCUGUGUGACAUCAAGAAUGAACAGUGCAAGCCCACCUGUUCUAGGACCAGAUUGCGAAGUGAAGGCUUCAUUGACCAAUCCCGCAUCCUGAACUUGGGUCCUAUUACAAGGCAAGGUGUCCAGGCUUCAGUGUCCAAGGCUGCCUCCAGAAGCAUAGCAUUCCUGAAGAUAUGGCUGCCUCUGUUUCUAUCAGUCGCUUUGACCUUGGCCUUUCAGUGAUGGACAACAGGAAAGCCAGUGCUCUGUGGUUCCCAGCUUACUUCCUGCCGGCCAGGAGGGAGCUUCAGCCAUAGUAGAGUGAGCUCAGGCUGCCUCCAGACUGCUCUUAUCUUCCUCUCAGCCCUGCCAGCCAUAAUUCUUGCUCUAGAAAACAAGCCUAUGUCAAUAAAUUCUGCUUGUUCUCCAAAUGGAACUUGUGACAUGUCUGUCCAUGAAGCCCUGUCUCCUUAAAGAGUAUGACAAAAUAAGAACCUUAAAAUAUAAGCUGUUUGAGUUAUUCCUUCAUUCAAGUAUUUGCUGAGCACCUACUAGGCAUCAGCACUGUCUGUGGUACUGGGGGUCAUGUUGUGGGAAUAAAAUAAACACGGUCUCUGUCUUGAAA